AAUUUUUGCAUUGGGUUAUUGUUGGAUACAUGAUUGUUGCACCGUUGUAGUUUCGUAGCGCUGGUGUCCUAUUGUUUCACGUAAUUAUGCAGUGAUUUGGUCUUUGGAGUUGGUGGUAGAGAGUGGAAACAUGGCGUUGCCAUUCACCUCUACUCUAAGAUGCACAUCUGGGCUAAGAACGCCAACUGUGAUUUUCUGUCGCACGGCGAGAAGUAAACACAAGCGUAACGCGAAACCAUCCACAAGAGUAAAGAGGACCGACUUUGGUGGUGAAGAUGGUGUUCAGUAUCGGCCUCUUCGUACCACUGCUGCACGUCCAGAAGUAGAUCCAUCUGUAUUUUACGAUGGCGUUAUAUCUAAAUUUGUCAACCAGAUGAUGAUUAGUGGAAAGAAAGCAAUAGCACGGGAGAUUGUCACAAAGACGCUGCUUAUCAUCAAGCGGAGGCAGUUACAAAAGUAUGAUAAAGCCAAGCCAGAGGCCAAAGAGAAUAUCGAGCUUGAUCCCCGCGUCAUUUUUCGGCAAGCCGUCGAGAACUGCAAGCCACUGAUGGGUUUUAACACAUUGAAGCGUGGUGGAAAGGUCUUCUUGGUUCCUGUUCCUUUCCCUGAUGCACGCCGGCGUUACUUUGCCUUUGAUUGGAUGAUUGAUGUGGCCCGCAACAAGCCACACCAGAAAAAUCCCAUGCAGGCUCGCUUGUCAGAGGAAAUACUCCUGGCAUAUGAUAACCAGGGAGCUGCCAUCAAGAAAAAGGAAGACUUCCACAAAAUAGCCUACAACAACCGUGCCUUUGCACAUUAUCGCUGGUGGUAAUACACACACAGUAUCGCUGGUGGUAAUACUUCACGCUGCUGCUGGUGCUUGACUCACAACAAGCAUUCUGCCAUUGCUUUUAGCUAAUCCUCGUGAUAAUAGCUACUUAUUGCUGGUGUUCACGAAACACUUGAUUUGCUUUCCAAUUGUAAAUACUGUACAGCUUUAGUUCUAA